AUGGCUCUCACGUCGGCUUCAAAGAAACGGAAAGUGCAAGAUGGAAUGGCCGGGAGGAUACAGCCAAAAAAGAAGGUCAGAAAACAGACCAAUUACCACAGCAGCAGCGAGGAAGAAGAGAGCGAUAACGAUGCUGCCACGUUUGCUCCCGUGGAUUUAUUGGACUCGGACGACGAACAACACACUGAGAAAGGUGCAAAAACUGGAAAGAAGACGAGCAAGCCCACAAACAAGGCCUCAAAGCGAAAAGAGGUUGAGGAAGAUCGCGAUAGUGAAGAUGACGACCUGAUGGAUGAGGACGACGAGCCAGACCUGAAUGCAUCUAAAAAUGAUAACGAAGAGGAUGACGAUGACGAAGACGAAUUAGAGGACGAGUUCUCUCUCCCAGAUGAUGAUGAUGAUGAUGAAGACGACGAAGAAGAAGAAGCAGAGUCGGGUGGGAAGACACUUCCGAAACGCCAUGACCCCUCGGCCUUUUCUACAUCCAUGUCCAAAAUCUUGUCGACAAAACUACCUACAUCUGCGCGCGCAGAUCCCGUGUUAUCUCGAAGCAAAGCCGUGGCUCAGGCUUCGUUCGACCUUGCAAAUGAGCGUCUUGAGCAGCGAGCGCGUUCAAGACUACGCGCCGAGAAGAAGGAAGAGCAGGACAGAGGGCGAGUUCGAGACGUGCUUGGUAUUGAGCGUGGAGAAGCUGGCCAGACGGCCGAAGAGGAAAAGAGGCUACGCAAGAUUGCGCAACGUGGUGUGGUGAAGCUGUUUAAUGCAGUCCGUGCCGCACAGGUUCGUGGAGAAGAGGCCGCGCGAGCCGAGCAGAAGAAGGGCACUGUCGGUAUUGAAGAGAGGAAGAAGGCAGCAAAUGAGGUUAGCAAGCAGAGCUUCUUGGAGCUUAUCAACGGGAAGAAGGGGAAGGCUUUGAACAUUGAGGAAGCUUAA